AUGUUCGACCAAGAAAAUAAAUGGUAUUCUGAAGGUGUUUACCCAAAUGCAGAACAAAGGGCAGUAUGUGGAAAUGUAGUUAUUAAGGCAAGUCUAGAUGGAAUGGGUCCGUCGGUAGAUAUCAUGAUUAAAAAAAGUAAUACAAAACCUGCAUUUGUAACAAUCGAAUUGAAAGUAUACGUGAAUUCAACCAAAGGGAAAUGGAUGCGAAAAGAUUUCAAGGAUUGGACAGAUACAUGUUCUAUUAACGGUAUUCCAGUUCACGUAGAUUAUCAACUAAUUCGAAAAGGAUUAUAUGUCGAUGUAAACGUUGAGCUGAAAAUUUAUUGGCAUGGCCAUAUUGCUAACCAUAUUUCACCAAAUUUGUUUGAUAAUAUAAAAGAUUAUAUGAAUAAACCAGAAUUCAGUGAUGUUACAGUAUGCGUAAAAGGUGAAAAAAAAUAUCUAGCUCAUAAAAUCAUUUUGGCUGCUCAGAGCCCGAUGUUGGAAAAAAUGUUAAUCAUGUUGAAUUUUGAAUUGGCUACAGCUCACAAUUCAUCUAUUUUAAGACAAUCUUCAUUGACAUUUAUUUUAAACAAUUAUGAAAAAGUAAAAAAAUCGAACGAGUUUGCUGCACUUUCCAGAAAAAUAGAUUUAUAA